CUUCCCGGCUUCCGUCCUUUCCUUUCUCGUUGGUAGUAGCGACUGCCCCGUUGCCGUGAUGGCCAAGAUCAAAGCCCGUGAUUUGCGAGGGAAGAAGAAGGAAGAGCUGUUGAAACAGCUAGAUGACCUCAAGGUGGAACUGUCUCAGCUCCGUGUUGCCAAGGUGACCGGUGGAGCAGCUUCCAAACUCUCCAAGAUCCGGGUGGUUCGCAAAUCCAUUGCCCGCGUGCUGACGGUCAUUAACCAGACCCAGAAAGAAAACCUCAGGAAAUUCUACAAAAACAAGAAGUACAAGCCACUGGACUUGCGUCCCAAGAAGACACGCGCCAUGCGGAGGCGGCUAAACAAACACGAAGAAGGUCUGAAGACCAAGAAACAGCAACGGAAAGAGCGGCUUUACCCCCCUCGCAAAUACGCCGUGAAGGCUUGAGGCGGUCACCUGCCCAUUGACUGUCAAAGAAGAACUGGCCCAUUAAAAGAUUUUUCGACAAAAAAA